AUGUACGAUCGGGCACCACGAAAUUUACAUCUGGGAGUCGGCUGUACUCCGGAUCAUGUAGGACCUGGCACUUAUGAUCAUCGACGAAAGAGAUUCAAUGAAGAAGGCUAUGCUCCAUUUUUAUCACUUGCAAAUCGUGGUGAUGUAUUUGGGAAUGAUGAAAAUCCUGGACCAGGUCAUUAUGAUGUACGCAAUGCUCAAACAACAACAGUCAAAGUAAGAUUUAUUCGAUUUUCUCUCUUGUAA